GUUUAAUUUUGUCUUUUUUGCUUUCCAUUGACAUUGUGCCCCUCGUUCUAUCUAUAUUUACGGGCUGUGAAUCUGUGGUUUUUCUUUUUAAAUAAUAAUUCGCGCCAACCCCAUCGUUCCUUCUGUCUUCAGCGAGAGUGAACGUUAUCGACAUUGCGCGGUGUCGUGAGUUUCAACGUCGUUUGGUCUCCGACUUCGCCGAUAUCCGCCCACUAAGAUUUGGCAGCGAUUUGCUCCGGUAAGAUCUAAAAAUCUGGCCAAGCAAAUUACGACGAGGGGCAGCUUCCACAGCUGUCCCGAUCUGUCCACACUACAGAUAUCAUCCCUGCCGCAACCGCCGAACGGCGCGAACGACGAUCCGUCCGGCAUUGAGGGGGAACUUGUUACUGCACCACCUUCCCGCUCUACAUCGCCCGACGCCUUCAGCCUCCGCUCCGGACCCCGAAAGCUUGUGUCGACUAAGAAGCGGGUCUCAAGAAAGGCGCGCGGCGUCCUGGGCAAGGUUCGGGCCUUCCAAAGGAUCGCUGCGGCCAAAAUGGCUCAUCCCACCAUCAAGAUCGAUACAAACGUCCAAGCGACCAAGCGCGCCCUUCCCGAAGACAACGAUGAAGGCUUCGAGGUCUUAGAUGGACCCGAUCAGGAUGACCCGGGUCUGGAAGCUGGAGAUACUGAAUCCGUUCCGCCUUUUCUUUGCCAGUCUGUCUUAGAGAUCCAUCAGAAAUUUGAGGAACUCGAAUGGAUACAGCGGGCACGUCUUGCAGAAGGAAUGCUCGCCAACGAUCCCUCCCAUCGUUGGGCGCUGGAGGCCGAUCCGGAGGUCAAGGCAAGGAACCGAUAUAUCAAUGUGCAGGCGUGGGCAAAUUCUCGUAUCCAUCUUCGGGUAAACGAUGGCGAGUGCGAUUUUAUCAAUGCCUCGCCGAUUACUCUGAAGGAUUCUGUGUCCCAGCAGGAGAGAAGGUAUAUCGCGACGCAGGGACCCAAGGUAGGAAAUAUCUUCCACUUCUGGCACAUGGUAUUUCAUGAAACGAAGGAAGUGGGUGUCAUCGUUAUGCUUACGCAGACGUUCGAGUCCGGACGAGAAAAAUGCUCUCAGUAUUUCCCUCUCAACAGCGAUAAUUCUUUGGUACUUCUGCGGGAAGAUGAGCGUGACCCAUUUGUUAACAAUGAGAACCACCCGGUCGGAGAUGAAAACGUCGUGGGCACGGUUGCGCUGCUAGAAACCGCUUUUGACGAGAAGUCUCGUUCCGAAAUCCGCAAACUACGACUCACUUUGGGUGCUGAAUCGAAGAUCGUUUGGCAUUUCCUCUUUGCUGGUUGGGCGGAUUAUUCCAAGCCUGAAGGCGAUGACCGCAGCGCACUUCUUCAUUUGAUUGAGCAAUCAGGCUCCAAGAGCUCCCCGGAUAACCCACGUAUUGUGCACUGUAGUGCUGGUGUCGGCCGAACAGGCACUUUCAUUGCCCUUGACCAUCUGCUACUGGAGCUUCAGUCUGACCAGUUGUUGCAAGUGACUGACCCAGAGGCUGACCCAGUCUUUGAAACGGUCAACCAAAUGCGCGAGCAGAGAAUGAUGAUGGUCUACAAUGAGAUGCAGCUGCAGUUUAUUUACGAAGUCUUGCGAGAACAAACUGACCGGAAGCUUGGGAAGGUCCCUGAAAUCAACGGGCGAAAGUCCGAUGAGCGGUCCUCGAAAAUGGCCAAGUUAUCUACCGAGUCCGACUACCUGCCUUCUUCGAAACCAGAGCUGGAGCCUGUCUCAGAUCGUGCCUUCACACCAACCAGAAGCUGGUCAGGAACCCCAGAAGUCUCCGACAACGAAUAAUGGCUUUCUCGCUCUUGGUUUCAUUCCGUCGCAUCACGAACAACUCAUUAGGCUGCGGCAGAGCCAUUUUUCACUGCUAUAUAUAUAGUUCUCUUAAUAGCUUUCUCGUCUGUUUCCCAAGUUGCAGCAUUCACGACGAACCAUGAGUUCCUGACUUGCAUUCGACCUCACGCCUUUCUUGCGCUUUGUUGCAUAACAUCUUACCAUGUUUGAAUAUCCAAUUUACGACACUUAUGUCUUCCACUCGUGUAUUUGCUAGAAGUCUUGUGUGGGAGCAUUACUGCCACUGUUUAUGAUUCAGUUCCAGUUUUUAAGGUACUGAGAAUCCUAUACGAAGUGCUUCAAGCAUCUUUUUCACUAUUUUUCAUUCUUCGCUGUAUAAUUUACUGGGCUGUACGAUUAUAGCAUGAGAACUAGUGUAAGAGUAAGAUAAUAGGAU